ACUUCCGGUGUUUCUAUAGAGACGUUUACACUGAGAGAAAGAAAUGGCUGACCAACCUGAACAAGGUUCAACCGUUGAAGAUGACAAUAAGAGUACAAAAAGUGGACCCAAAAGCCAGGCUGGAUCUAAGCCUGUUUCCAGAGCUGGGUCUGGCCAUUCUGGUAAAAGUGGUAAAAGCGGAGGGAGCAAAAAGGUUGGGGAUGCCCCUGUUCCUCCUUCCCCAAUAGCUUCAGCUAAAGAUAACCCAGCAGCUGACGGGAGAACUAUGAGGAGAAUCAUUGCAGAGGAUUCUGAAUAUUCCUUAGCUACAGUACCCAGACUGAUUGAGCUAUGCAUUUCACACAUAGUGUCAAACUUUGAAAAUAAUUCAACAAUCCUGAACAAUCUCCUACCAAAACACAAGUCAAUAGUCCUUGAGAAGAUAUCAACUGACCUCCCAUUGAAGAUCACAGCUAAUUUGGUUGAAGAUGAAGGUUACUGGAAACGAUGCUGCAAAGCUCGCUGGCAAAUCUGUGAUGUAGCUGCAUACGGAAACAACUGGAAGAGAAUGUACUUUGAAAGAAACCUCCAACAAAUAGUUGAACACUUUGUCCCAGAAUCAACAGAUAUGACUGAAAUAAAUGAGACUCUACCACUAUCUGCCAAUUAUGUCAAGAAACUAGAUAUAAGACAACUCCUUCCACCAGUGAGAGAAGCCCCAAAAGGUCCAGAUUUUGACGAUGCCUCAGAUGCUGGAAGUGAAGCAGGAGAUGAACCAGAAUGUGAUCAUUUUAACUUUGGCCCCAUUUUAAAACAACUGCCAAAUAUUGAAGAACUUCAUUUAACAUAUGGAGUCAAAGACUGUGGGAUGAAUUUUGAAUGGAACUUGUUUAAUUUCACUGCUAGAGACUGUUUGCUGUUGGCUCAGUGUGUGGCUGCAACAAAAGGACUGAAAGUUUUCAGGCUUCACAGAAGUAAAGUGGACGACGACAAAGUCCGAGUUUUGAUCAGCCACAUUCUGGACCAUCCAGGCUUAACGGAGUUGGACCUAUCCCACAAUGUAAUCAGUGACCGUGGUGCCAGGGCCAUUGGGAAAUUCCUUAACAACCACAGCCAGUUAGUCAAACUGAACCUCUGUGAUAAUGAUGUACGACACAGUGGAGCCCAAGCUAUUGCCCACGCCUUGACCAAAAACACAACGCUGACGGAUCUGAACAUUCGGUUGAAUCGUCUGGGAGAUGAGGGAGGACAGGCCAUCUGUAAAGCUCUGCUGAAGAACACCACACUCUGCAAUAUCAACAUGGCUAGCAGUGAUCUAGGCGAGCCCACUGCUGCCAUUUUCUCCCAGGUUGUCAUGCAAAAUACAACAUUGAAAUCAGUUGACUUGUCAUCAAACAGACUUGGUGCAGAGGGUGGUAAACAAAUCCAGGAAGGUAUGGAGGACAACACGACCAUCACCCACAUGGAUCUCCGUCUGACUGAUUCCGGACAGGAAGCCGAGUACUGCAUCAACCAGAUCCUGCACCGGAACCAGGAACGAGAGCGGGAGAGCAAGAUCUGUGAGCCCCCUGCACCCUCCAAGAAAAUUCUGCCACAGGCUGCUCAUAGGUUUAAGCCCACAAAGGCCUGAAUGAACAAAGACCAUUGUUACUGUAUGUGGACUAGGCACUUUCUUCAGGCCCUGUUUGAAUUAUUUUUUUGUUAAAAAUGUGAAAGAUGAACACAUUUAUUGUUAUACAUUGAUUUGUACUAUGUAAUGAAAUGUCUCCUGAUAUUUUCAAUCUUAUGUGACAUGUGCUAUGUUAAAAUGUUUGAAGAAGUAUUAUUUAAUUAAUAUGAAACAAAAAUAAAAUACUAAUGUAGA